ACGCCACCUAGAUCUGUCCAAGUCAUCAAAUCUCGUUUUCUAGAUUGUUGUGGACCGGUCCUAGCUAGGAUUAGUGAAUACCCUGGUGAUGAAGAUGCGUGGAAAUUGCUUUUUCUGCUUCCUAGGAUGCUGUUGUCUCCUCCCGCAAGAGGUGGGAAAACGAAGAAUAAGUGUAUUAUUGGAGCAUAUGAUGAUUUCAAGAACUUCAGAUCCCAAGACCAGCCAGAUGAUGUCAUCUGAAGGUAGAAAGGAUCUAAAGAUCUAACCAGGAAGUCAGCGCUCCGUUUGAUCAGAUGUGGUGAACUAUCCAAAGCAGCACGAGUUCUCACAAGUUCUGGCUUGGCACUAGCAACAAAGGAGACUACUAAAAAGCUUGCGGCAAAACACCCUAGGAGGUCCUCAGUAAUUGAAGAGCAUUUAGCUGAUCGUUUUAUUGAGUCUCCUGUAGAGUUGUCAUCACAUCAAUUCAUUACCAACAUGAAGAAAGCUCCUAAAGGAUCAGGAUGUGGACCCAGUGGCUGGAGAGUUUGCUCUAUUAUUGCAGCUGGCUUAGUUCCUGAACCAAUAACAAAGCUAUUGUGUGCAGCUCGUCUUAUUGCUCUGUCUAAGUCUUCAGGAGAUGUGAGGCCCAUUGCGAUAGGUGAAGUGUUUCGACGAAUAACUGCAAAGACUAUCUGUUCUCAAUACAAGGACUCUUUUAGUAAAUUCUUUGCUCCUUUACAGCAUGGCAUUGCCACAGAUGGUGGAGCCGAUCUUUUGGUUCAUCAUGUUCAGUUGCUGCUAGAUUCUCAUAAAGAUUGGGUGGUCAUGAAGACUGAUGCCAAGAAUGCCUUCAAUGCUGUUAAAAGGUCUCAUCUACUUACUCAGGUCUCAAAACACUUUCCUGAGAUGUUUCCCAUGUCAACCAAAUGUACGCAGGCUUUGGUCCCCUUAUCUACUUGCAAGGAGACAGCCCUGUCAUACUGUCUUCUGAAGAAGGCAUACAUCAAGGGGAUCCUUUGGGUCCAGUUUUGUUUGCUACUGCAAUUCAGGAAUUGUUGACCAAAUUGCAGAAUGAUCAUCCUUGUGUAGUGGUCUUGGCAUAUCUAGAUGAUGUGUUUCUAGUAGGCCCUUCUGAUAAUGUCUUGGCAGUCUUUGAAGACCUGAAGCCUAUGUUCCAUAAUAUUGGUUUGGACAUUCAGGACACCAAGUGUGAAAUUUACAACCCUUCAUCUGUCGAGAUCGAGUCACAUACAUCUAUUCCUAUCACAACAGAAGGAAUAUCUAUUCUGGGAAUUCCUGUUGGAAAGGAAGAUUUCAUGUCACAGGCAUGUGUUACUAUUGCAAAACAUGGAGAAAAUUUAUACCAUCAACUACUCACUUUAGGAACUCAAGAAGCUAUGUUAUUGCUAAGACUCUGUCACUUACCAAGAAUGUUUUACUUAUCUCGAAGUGUUAAACCCAAAAGCAUGCAAGCUGCUGCAGUUCUUCAUGAUCAUCUAUCUCGCUCUACGUUUUCAAAUUGUUACAAAUUUCUUCCCUUACUGAUGAAAAGUGGAAGCAAGCAACCUUGCCUAUCAGAUAUGGUGGUUUUGGCUUGACAUCAUUACAAGAAAUAUCAAAGUUGAUUUUUGUGUCCUCGUGGGCUCAUUCUGUGCAUGAGCUGCCAAAACGUUUUGUAGCUUUAGAACCUCAGAUUGAUGUUUUGUUAUCCUCGAAGAGUCCUGAAACUUUUGUAGGCCACAUUCUUUAUGAAUGUUUAGAUCCUGACCAAUCAAUGAAUAAUCUAUUGUCUAAUACUAAGCGUCUGCAACAUCAUCUGAUAGAUAAGGUCACGAAAGCUCAAGUCAAUAAUUUAUUGGGUAAAGAAUCUGGAAAGGAUUCAGCAAGAUUACGUUCCUUGCAAGGAAAAGGUGCAGGCUCUUGGCUAAAUGCCACUCCAUCAACCCAGAAUCUCGCAAUUUUACCUGGAAAUUUCCGCUUGGCGGCAUUCAUGAGGUUGGGAAUGGCGAUGCCCUUGCCUUUGUUGGCAGAUGAGUACGAAUGUGAAUGUGGAAAAACGAUCGAUAGAGAAGGUUAUCAUCUGUUGACUUGUAAAUUUGGAGGUGGACCAGUGUGGUCUCACAACUGUAUAGUUUCUGUGUGGGCAGAUUGUCUCAGCCAGUUACAUGUACCGUACUACAUUGAGCCUAAAGAUCGCUACACCACUUCCAGUGGAAGGCCAGAUAUCUAUGUUGCGGAAUCAUUCUGCAUGCCAGCAGCAGAAUUAGACAUUGCUCUAUCACAUCCAUUCAGCAAAGAUAUCCUAUCUAGAGCUGCUUAUAUUUAUGGUGCUGCUGCAUCCAGAAGAGAAAAGAUCAAACAUACAAAGUAUGACUCCCAACUGCUACCAGGAGGGUAUGCAACAACAGCAAUCCCUUUGGUAUUUGAACAUUAUGGCAGAUGGGGUGAUCAGGCUCAACAGUUUUAAAGACUCUUUCUCUCAUGUCUUAUGAUGAGGACGGUCACCAGAAUGCAUCCAAUUUUACAACAUAUUGGAGACAACGUUUAUCAGUUCAGUUACAACAAUGUAACGCUAGAGUGAUUUCCAGGAAGACAUCCUGCUUACUGGAACAUACAAGGAAAGUGAAGAGAAUGAACAAUAUACACAAUUAUUAAUGUGCUUUACUGUACAGCCCUAUAUAGGGCUGGUUUCUGUAGUGUUUUAGUUUGGUAGAGAUUUUGUGCGAUUGGGACAGUAGAGUUGUGCUGAUUGUAGAUAUCAAUGUUGAAAAUAUAUGUAUUGGACAGACA